AUGGCAUUUACUUUUGCACCCGCGUCAUCUGCACCGAAUCAAGCAGGAAUGCAAAAUAACUUUAAACCCGGCACAUUCAGCUUUUCUUCAACACCUUCAGCACCACCUCAAACAAUGGCAAACACCGGAUUCGGUACGUUCAACACUGGCUUCAUGAAGCCAGGCGGGAACUUUACAUCAGGCACAGGUAUUAACAGCAAUCCCAUUGGUGUCGGGUAUUCUGGCGUUGGGUUUCCCAGCAGUACCGAAUCUGGCUCUGCCAUCACUGGGUUGAAUCCCAAUGCAUUCGGUUCUAACUUGACUCAACAACUUCCUCCUUACAAAGGUAUCAAAGGCCCGGGAUAUGCACCGAUAUGGCAAAAUACAGUUGAUUUCUCUCAGAUCAACGACCACACGCUUUUCGACUCACUGCCGCCCACCCUGCAGAAUCAUCUUAUGGAGUUGCACACCUUUGCCAACAAAGAGGAGGAGUCCAUAAAGGCGGUGACGGACUACUUAAAUGACAUUAAACCCACAGGUAUCGAAAAAAACGCCGCCCAAACCACAAAGAAUGUGAAUUUGGGAAGCUAUCGGCAUCAAUCUCAUUUAUUAGCAGAACUGAAAGGUGGCAAUCAUGCGGUCUCAUUACUCGCGGUGGGUUGUGAACACCAUGAGAAAGAGGCGCAGUCUUUCUCGCAGUAUCUAGACCAAUUCGAAAGUGCUAUCCAUGAAUAUCAGCAUCGUGUGUGGGAACCUUUGUUAGCGAGCGGCAACCUCACCCGCGGCAAGACCAACAGCAUCAGCAAUAGUCUGAAUGACUCGAGUUCAUUAAACCGCAACAUGGAUGCGAAAUCUCCGCUCUUCACGAUUAUUGAGGAACUGCAAGAUGUCAUGCGAACGCUAAACAACCAAAUAGAGGAGCUCAGAAUGGAUGUGAUGCCUUCUUUGACCUCUAAUUCCUUAGUCAAUGUUGCCGACUCUGCAAAAUCCGACAGAAGCUUAGGCCAUUACGGGCCGACUGCGUAUUUCUCGCGUGGGGAGGGUAGAACUCCUUUAUAUGGCAAUCUAUCCCAUGUCGACUACGCUGAUCGGCCGGACUGCGUGCAGUACCAUCCAACCUUCUCGCCGCUGAACGGGACUUCACCCUCGACGUUGGCGGGGUCUGCCUUGGGUGAGGACCCCGCUCCCCCCUCCGAGGUCGUUUCCCAUAUUAACACUUCCUUGGGUAAUCUUUUCACCAGUCUGAUGCAUCUUUCCAGUUGGGCCGAUCACCUGCACAAACGCAGCGAUACCGCGCGUGGGAUUUUCACCCGGCAGUACGGCCAAUACGAGGCCGAUGUCUUGUUUAAACCGCCGAUGCCCUCGCAGGAGACCCGCACCCUCGCGCCGAUCCCCACGGCCGCUCAUCCAAUUCCCACCACAAACCCCCCUCCCGCAGGGGCUCCUCUUCCUCCUCAACCGACAACGACAACGAUAAUAAAUCCCACCCCAUCGGUGGGGGGAGGGGUAGGCGGAGGGACAAUUGGACAGGGAUCCGCCGGGUUGUUUGGAGGGGGGAAGACAAAACCCACCACCUAG